AUGUACAUUCCACCCGAGCUUAAUGCUAUUCAGUCUCUGAAGCGCGCUGCGGGAGCGGGCAGUGGCAUCGCGGCCGGCGGCCUCGCGGCUAAGAACAGCGGCGGCGACGAGCGGAGCACCCGCUUCAUCCUGGGCUUCGGCAUCGGCGUCCCCGUACUGCUGAUUCUCAUCGGCGGCGUCUGGUACUUUCGCCGGAGAAGAGCUCGGAAGAAGGCCGCCAGCGACAAGAAGAAGAAGAAGAAGGGCGGCGGCGCGGGGAAGAACGGGGGGCGCGGCCGUGGGCGACGGAAGCGCAGGCGCUGGAGAGGUUUUGGCUGGCCGGAGCGCCUGAAGCCGGUGCCGGCGCCGGCGGCAUAUCGCAAGUCGGACAAGGAUAUUCUGCCUUCUAUGUUAUAA